UGAAAGGUGAAUGGGCGGGGCCUGUUGUCACGGGAGCAGCAAUGGAACCCGGCAGUCAAGAGGCAAAUCUACUUCGGCAUGUGGAGAAAGAUGUUCUUAUCCCCAAAAUGGUGAGAGAGAAGGCCAAAGAACUCUGUUCAGAUAAGGUGGAAGCCUUUACCAAAUGCUGCCAGGAUAAAGGCUUUCUCAUGGUUGUAAAAUGCAGAGAAGAAAAUGCUGCACUGAAGGAAUGUCUUACUUACCAUUAUAAAGAUGCAGCAUUAUAUGAAGAAUGUAAACAAGAAUAUCUGAAGGAGAGAGAAGAAUUCCGUCAAACUGGCAUUCCUUCUAAGAAAAGACAGCAGAAAGUAUCCAGUAGCAUGUAACCAAGUGCCAGUUCAAGAAAUGUGAACGGACAGAGGGAACAUAUACAUGAAACCUGGUAAUCGUGAGGUGAAGAGUGACCCAGCGUGUUUGAAAAACACAAUUUCCAAUCUCAUUUAAUUGCUACACUAAACUAGAUUAAUUUUUUUUGUAAAUUGUGGAAUUGAACCUAUUACUGUUUGUAGUAUUGGUACUUUUUCAGAUUUUAUAAAGUGCAAUUCUCACAUUUAUUUUAUUUUGUUUCUUGCAUGCAGGAUCCUUUGAUUAUAGACUUAGGCAUGUGAUCCUGUCAGUUAAAUGCCUGAACAUGUUAAUCAGUGGAUUGUCCAAAUGUUCUGCAGAAUAAAGUUCAUCUUUAUUGAUCCAA